CAUAUAAUCGUUCUCCCGCUAACUUUUGCCUUUCGCUUGCCAGACAGCGGCGUUAUGACGAGCAACACCACAUGAGCUGUCCAAGACAUGGCAGACCACCUGUCUUUUCUCGUUGUGUGGAAAGAUCAGGGUGGCGAACCUCAAAACUACGUUUCGCUGUAUGGGCGAUUCUUCAGCACAAUUGACUUGCCCCAAAGAGCAAGUUUCCACGUGAGUGAUGUUGUGGUGGAAUCUGGUAUUCACUCGGAGGAGAAGCUGUUCCAAGCUAUGUGCACAAUUAAGUUGUUGGACUGCACAGCCUCCGAUAGCGAGCUAUCUUCUAUAUGCUCCAGCAUAGCUCAGCAGUGGUGUCAUCUGGGCAAGGUUGUUCCGUUCAAGGGGUGUCUUCAGUGGCUGAGCCCAGACCGAGAGCGCGGUUUUUGGCGUGGUUUCUGGCGCGGUACAACCCCAUACGAGACACAUACACCACUGGAGACUCUCUCCUUUGGAACGUUCACAGACCUUUGCGUGUUCGCUCAAAGCCAUGUGAUUUAUUCUGAUGAAGGCCUUCCAGCUUACACAAUCUCCUGCACUUUUAAGCAUGACGAGAGAUUAUUGCAAGUGAUGCUCUCGUUGAAUCACCGUCAGGGAUGCAGGCCCGUUUCCAGCGAGUUCAAGCUGGAGAUACCGUAUGGCAGCAUAUUUAGGGUUGUUGUGAACGAGGUCGAAAGAGAACAAGAUGCCAUAGGCAUAUACCUUCAGAUCAUCACCCCACCGUUGCUCUAUAUAAGAUCAAAAAGUUCCAGUGGAUGGGACAUGCCCAGUGAUAGCACUGACCACGCAUGGUUCAAUAGAGUUUUUCAGCUGGGAUGUACUUGCUUUUGGCUGAUGCGCAGCUGCGACAUUGGUGCAAGCUCUGUCAUCAAGUUGAGCAUAAAGAACAAACUGAAAGGACGACAAGCGAUCAUUUGUCUAACAGCCCGUUGCAAGCGGGAAACAACUUUUCAGUACUCUCCUAUGAUGACCAGCAAAAUUGGUUCACAGCUGAAAGAGAUCAAGAAGCGGUGUAGUAGCAAGGUUAAGCCGCGUAUUGGGUUCUCCGCUUGUUAUGCGUUGACCGCGGUUUUACAGCAAGGAAAUAAUGGAUAUUCUCAGAUGGCCUUGCUUGCUCGGGACAAGUUGGAACAGUUCGAGGAGGACUUGGUUGGCUUUGCCUUCCAUAACAGCGCUGCUCUCGAGGCCGCUCUUUUUGCGAUCCGCAGCGCUAUCGAGGAACACGAGGUUGUAGAUAUCGUUCAUUGUCUACCAAAGCUGUAUAAGAAAUUCUGCGGGGUCCCUCUUCACCUUCCUAAGACGCCGAGUGGAACACGCUUGGUUCGGCGUUCUAUAGUGACUCCGUCCAAAGUGAUCUUUCUCCCUCCCCAGCUUCACAACGAGAACAGGAUCCUCCGCAAGUUCGACCCUGAGUACUCGCUACGCGUGUCCUUUCGUGACGACAAUUUGCAGCACUUGUCGUACUCGCUCAUGUCUGGCUCCUGCCGGCAUAUGGCAAUUGAAAGGGUUGUCACCGACACUCUACGGAACGGUCUGUCCGUGGGAGACAGGCUGUUCAAGCUUCUGGCUUCAUCGUGCAGCCAACUACGAGAUCAUGGCGCAUGGUUCUAUGCUGUGGAUGGCGAGGGGUACUGCACCGAUAUGAUCCGCUACUGGAUGGGUGACUUCAGUGGUAUUUCGAGCACUGCAAAGAAAAUGGCACGCAUGGGCCAGUGUUUCUCAUCUACAGAAGAAUCCGUGAAAGUUCCCCUCCUCAGUGACUCUGUGCUGGAAGUCCCAGAUAUUAAAGGAAGGAAAAACUCUGCGACAAACGAGCAGUACAUUUUCUCUGAUGGCAUUGGCAUGAUUUCUGCAGAACUGCUUGGAGAGGUGCACAAGAAGCUGAAGUUUCUUGAAACGCCAUCAGCCAUUCAGAUACGCUACGCUGGGUACAAAGGCAUGCUUUGCCUCAAUCCAUCACUUCCUGGUCGCCAGCUGGUUCUCCGGGCGAGCAUGCGCAAGUUCAACUGCGUCAACUCUGAAUACAUCGAAGUGAUCAAAAUUUCCGCUCCCCGUGUGGUCUUUCUCAACCGGCAGCUGAUCACACUCCUGGAACAGCUCGGGGUGCCGAGCCGCAUGUUCUUCUGCCUGCAGCAGCACAUGGUCACGCUCCUCACAGAAUCCCUCGUCUGCGACAGGAGCGCGCUCCAGGUCCUCGACACCUACGUGGGCUCUGCGCUCCCGUUUAAUCAGCUGGCACGAUACGGCUUCUCUCUUACUCGGGACCCCUUCGUGCGCUCGAUGCUCUUCGCGGUGUACAGGACAUCGAUGGAGUCUCUGUUGUCAAAGUCCCGCAUAGCUGUGCCGCCUGACAUGGGGCGGAACAUGUUCGGCGUGCUGGAUGAGACCCGGACGCUGAAUUAUGGCGAAGUUUUCGUGCAGUACACUUCCCUGACUCCUGAAGGCCCCCAUGACAAUGGACCUGAGACUACAGUAUUGACAGGAUCUGUGCUGGUGACGAAGUGUCCGUGUCUUCAUCCUGGCGACGUGAGGAAAUUCACUGCAGUUGAUGUAACUGCACUUCAUCACAUCAAAGACUGCAUUGUUUUCCCAGCAAAUGGAUGGAGGCCCCAUCCUGAUGAAAUGGCAGGUUCUGAUUUGGAUGGAGACGAGUAUAUUGUCAUCUGGGACGAGAGUCUUUUCUUUCCGGGGCCAAACAGAGAGCCUAUGGUGUACGGUCAGAAGCUACUUCCACAACGAUCGGAGCCUAAUCUGGUCGACAGCAUGGCGCAGUUCAUCUCCGACUACAUCCUGAACGACAAUGUUGGUAUCAUGUCCAACGCCCAUCUGGCCCUGGCUGACAAGCUUGAAAGGGGAGUGUUCUCAAAGCCAUGUCUCUCUAUUGCGAAGAAAAUCUCAACUUGUCUCGACUUUGCAAAGACUGGUGUUCCCGCUCUUUUGGAAAGGAACGAAAGGCCCGAAGAAUACCCAGACUUCAUGGAUAAGGGUGCUCACAAAAACACGUACCGCUCCAGUAGAGUUCUUGGCCACUUGUACAGAUUUCAAAGGUUUCUAGAGUCUGUCGUUAGCUCCAAAUUCCACAGCCACCUAGUUGACAGUGGCAAUAAUAUAAAACUGCUGGAAUUGUGCGGAUGGAACCGUUACAAGCUUAUUGCAGAAGAGCUGUUGGCUGCGCACCAGUCCGACAUGGAUCGCAUCCUCAAGCAGUAUGGUAUAAAAAGUGAAGCAGAGAUUGUGUCUGGGUACAUAAACGACGUAUCGGCCUCCAACAAAGGCCACUAUGACAAGAGUAACGUUGAAGUUCUUGUCGCGAAGCAGUACCGAGCGAUAGUAGAGUCGACAAGGGAGCGAUUCUUCAAAGAAGUUGACUAUGCAUGUCGCACGGAAAAUGCUAUGUCAGAAGAGGAUAAAAAGCAGAUUCUUCUGAGGAUGGCAUCCGCGUGCUACAUGGUGACUUACUGCAAUGCACAGAAGACCUAUUCCAGCUUCCCUUGGUCUUUCGCGGACGUCAUUCUCCUCGUCAUGGAGUCGAGUUCAUUUCGAGUAGAGCGCACAAGCAAGAACCUUCUCGUAUCUCGGCUGAAUGAUCAGCUGGCGGCUGCUGCAUCUGAACACGUGGCCAAGAAGGUGGCACUAGGAGUAGUACUGAAGUGGGCUGAGAAAGAAGACUUGAUACUGAAGACGAAAGCCGUGAAUUGUGCACGUAUUUGCAAAGAUUGUCUGGAAAAGCUCUUUGCCAAAAGUGUGCAAGCCGAGGAAUGCGCUCAUGCUCAAAAUGACCCAGAUAAUAUGAAGCCACUUUCCACUGGUCAUUACGUCACUUCUUUUCUGCGUUACGUGAGCAGUUCUUCCGUUGUCUUUCCUGAAUGUGAUGCCUGUAGCCGGUCAUCACAGACCCACACCCUAACAAUGGCUGCACUCAGGACUUACAGCAUGUUGUCUAUCUUGUGCGAUCUCUGUCACCUAGGCCUGAACUGCGACGCCAGCCUUCACGAACCCAUUCAGGAGAUAAAAGAAGGCAACUCUGUCCGCAUUAAGGUGUCCAACCCGGCCUUAUGGGACCUACUGGUCCACAGCCAAGACGAAGUUGCUUGCCUGCUCUGCUCUUGGUCCGGCGUGCAAGAGGUUCGCAUCCGGCGUGGCUCCGACCGCUGUAGCGGCCAAUACAUUGUCGUAUCUUCGAUUGGCCGUGACUGGCAGCGCUGGUUUUUGGAAGAGCUGCUUCUCCAGCCUUGGUUUGCUCGCGCAGUCUUGAUGCGCAGCCUUGCCGAAUUCAUUCGUGCAUGAUUUAUUUUAAUACAGGUGCAAGACUGCACUAGAAUGUAAUGCAUAUAUUUUAAUGUCUUUCACUUUUAACCAUUUAACGAGGACGUUGCACCAUCAUGUAGUCUAUAGGCUAUGGUACUUUAAAGGGGUAAAAACUUGAGCUUAUUUGUUUUUACGAUGAAACGAGGCUAUGAUGUCGCUAGAAACUUCCUUCUUCACUGUGGCAUGUACUGCGGGAACAUAACUUUCUUUGUACUUCCACAAAAUUGUUGUUGAAUAGAACACUUUUUUUUUUGUUUCGUGCAAAGGAAAGUACAUUGUACCGGAAACUCUAGCUAACCAGCGUGUAUUCCUACAUACUGCUUUAUUUGUACUUGCUUUGUAUAUGUGUUAUGCGCUUUAAGUAAAGUGACGGGUAUACCUAUCUUCCCUGGGUAGAACAAAGGCCACUCUAUAUUUGGAGCAGAGAAUAAACUCUAGGUGAAGGUAAUGUUUCAUUGAAAGGGACACAAUAGUGACACAGUGAAUUGGUUUAGAGUCGUAUUAGGGUCAAGAACGCCGAGGCCCGUUUUCAACAACAAAACUUAAGUUGCGUGAUAAGUUACACUUGUGAAAGUAUCAUGAGGGAAAUGAUAAGCUUCAGUUAAGUUUCAAAAAACUCCCCCUAAGGUUCACUUAUAGCCUCGCUCCCAA